AGUUUGUAAUCUUAUAUGUUUUCUUAUUGGAAAAUUAUUUUGUUUGAACAGUGUCUUCUUAAACAGUUAAGACAAUAUUGCAUUGGGAUUGAUUCCGAACAUGUUUAUUUAAUGCCAUUAUAAAAUGCGAUAUAGAUGACAAAGGUAGCUAGCACCACCGCGCUUGGGACAUAACGAUUGUCUCAGCUAGCAAGAUGAAGCCAGCAAUGCUUGUGGUCCUUCUAGCAAAUCUUCUUCCAGCCCACUCCCUAGAAUGGGAGGCGCUUGGAUGCUACAAGGACUCGUCGUCUCGCACGAUGCCCGACUACUUAAAGACAAUCACUUACGACGGGGAGAACCCCAACUUGCAGGACAUGUUUGAACAGUGCCGUGUGGAGGCCGAGGAACGCGGCUAUACCUACUUUGGCCUGCAGAACAUGAAGGAGUGCUGGGGCUCAGCUAAUGCAAGAGUAACCUAUAACAAGCUUGGAUGCAAUGAUAACUGCAAGAGACGAGAUGAUGGCAAGUUUGGCGUGGGAACCGCAUGGUCCAACUUCGUGUACCGAGUAAAGAACGACUGGACAGACUGCACUGCUAAAGUGUGCGGACAUGGCAUUCAGUACAAAUUGGUCUUGUCUCAAGACAAAGGACCAAAAUGCCCCACCUACAACGUCAUGAUCAAACGAAGCGACGCGACAAGAAAUUGCAGAGCUUCUAAGCCAUGUGGGAAAACAGACUUCGAGUCGGUCGGAUGCUACAAGGACUCACUCGACCGCGCGCUUCCCAAAUACCUCGGGCAAGUCGGACCAUACGACCACACAACGGGAAACUUUAAAGAGGUAUUCAGCCAGUGCAAGUCAAAAGCCAAGGCGGCAGGGAUGGUCUUCUUUGGGCUUCAAAACAAAAAGGAGUGCUGGGCGGGAGACACCAAUGCAAGCUACGACAAGCACGGGUGUGCCGGCAACUGUUACACUUGUCCAGACGGACGUUAUGGCCUGGGCCGAGGAUGGUCGAACUACGUCUACAUGUUUAAGCAAGACUGGGGCGUGUGCAGCAAAACAUGUGGAGGAGGUCAGCGGUCACGGUACGAAACAGAGUUUGUCAGCGGUGAGCCCUCGUGCAAGGCUGGUACAAGGAAAUCGGUGUUAAAGAAGCAAGCUUGCAGCACCACCCCUUGCGCAGUUGAUGGUGGCUGGAGCUCCUUUUCUGGGUGGUCCUCGUGCUCAAAGACGUGUGGGAGUGGUACCCAGUCACGUGCUCGCACGUGCACCAAUCCUAGACCCGCACAUGGCGGCAAGGACUGCGUGGGAGACGCCCAAGAGACCGUUCAAUGUGCAACUCGCCCCUGCCCAGCUCGCUGCCCUGGCGGCUGGAGGAAGUUCCAAGACUCGUGUUACUGGUCUGACGCAAGACAUAUGAGCUGGUACAGCGCUCGGUCAACCUGUCUCUCGCUCGGCGGAGACCUGGUGAAGAUCUCAAGCAGCCAAGAAAAUUCGUUUGUUGCCAGAAUCAAGCGGUAUCAGCUGGCGUGGAUAGGUCUCAAGAAACAGGGGAGCUGGUUUCGUUGGGUCGUGGAUAACUCUCCCCCGAGGUUCGCACAGUGGGCGCCAGGCGAGCCAUCCAAUUUAAACAUGCACGAGUUGUGCUGUGCCAUCGGGUACAAAGGCGUGGCCAAAUGGGAUGAUGGCGGAUGUGGCGGUCAUCUUGGAUUUAUUUGCGAGAGAAAAGUAAAUCGCUGAUCUGGGUGCAUAACUACAUGCAAUAAAAAAAAUGAUUCCUUGUGA